GUAUCUGACACCGGCGAGGAGGGGGACAUCGCCUUCCCGAAAUAGAAAAGGCAAGGAGCCUAUAUAAGUGGGGUUCCCGCCCGCGGUUUCACCUUCCCGUGAGCACCUCCAAAAUCCACCAGCCUUUUUCGGUGCGUCCUGCAAACACUCGACAGUUGCAAGGAUGGCGAUGACUGACGUGCUCAACGCUGAGGAUAUCAAGAAGGCGGUGGGAGCCUUUGCAGCUGCCGAAUCUUUUAACUACAAGAAGUUCUUUGAGUUGGUGGGGUUGAAAAAGAAGAAACCUGAAGAAGUGAAGAAAGUUUUCCAGAUUCUGGACAAAGAUGCAAGUGGCUUCAUUGAGGAGGAAGAACUAAUGUUUGUAUUGAAGGGCUUUACCCCUGAUGCCAGGGAUCUGUCUGAAAAAGAAACCAAGGCUUUCAUGGCUGCUGGAGAUAAAGACGGGGAUGGCAAAAUCGGCGUUGAUGAAUUCAAAAGUUUGGUGGCUGAAUCAUAAAAGGCUUUGACCAAUCUGAACCCUUCGUCCACGUCCACCCUUCACCGCCUGAUUCCAGCUGUUUUCUGCUGACCUUCUUGGUUCCUCUUCUAUUUAUUUAUGUCAUUUUAUACUCCAACUCUGUUCUCUGCACUGCAGCCCUGUAACUCUGUAAUUGUGCUGAAAGAUGCUGUUAAAAUAAUAAAGGUCACAUCAAUCUGG